AUGAAGUUGUGGGGCGAGUUGGGGCCUGCCAUGGACGAGGAGCGGCGGAAGGCCAUGCGCUUCGCAGGUGAGUUGAUCAUCCCCCACCCCCGACACCUGAGAAGGGCUGGACAGCCCACCGUAGGACAGCAGGGCUCUCUCGCUGAGAUGGCCUCUCCAGCGGAGAAUUCAGUCAGGCCAACAGACUCUUGA